AUGAUUGAUGAUUUGAGGAGAGCAGGGUUGACUGCAAACCCCAAGAAAUGUAGCAUUGGCCUAGAAGAAGUCAAGUACUUGGGUUACAUUAUUGGGAGAGGUGUAGUCAAGCCCCAAGUUGACAAGAUUGAAGCUAUACACUACUGGCCCCGGCCUGUAAAUAAAAAGCAAGUGAAGGCAUUUCUGGGGAUUACUGGCUAUUAUAGGUGGUUCAUAUCCAAUUUUGCAGCUAUAGCAGUUCCCUUAACCGAUCUCACCAAGGGAAGCGGGUCGUUGAUGGUAAAAUGGAAUUAUGAGGCAGAGGAAGCGUUUCAGACUCUAAAACAGGCUCUUUGUUCCCAACCAGUAUUGAUGACCUCUGACUUAAGAAAUGAGUUUGUGGUACAGACAGAUGCUUCCAGCUGA